AUGAGCAAGCCUUUCCAGGGUUUAACGUUCUGUCCUACGGGAGUUGCUGAUGACGUCUACCAGGUGAUUAGCAAGAAGGUUGUGAAGUUGGGUGGCUGUUUUUCUAGGGAUCUUACAAGUCAAGUGCAAGUUCUCGUUGUUGGCAGCCGGCGCACAGUGAAGUACCAGUAUGUUGUAGCGAACCGUGCUGAUAUUGUUUUUAUUAAUGCAGAGGCUAUUAACAAGGUUUACGAUACUUGGUUGGCAGGUGAGGAUGUUGCCGAAGGUUUGGGGCGCAACGAAUAUCAGCGUGACCGAAUAUUAAAGAUGCUGCGCGAACGCUUCCAGCUGGGGCCAUUUAUGGGCUUUUACGUGUUUAUUGGGCGUGUGAAAGGAGAUAAAGUGAGUGUGAAUGAGCUUCAGCAGCUGUGUGAGAUGGGUCAAGCAUAUAGAUGUCUCACGAACCAUUUUAUCAAAGAUACAGAAUGCAAAGCGAAGAGCGUGUUUGUUACAGAUUGCGGAGAAGGAGCACGUGCCACUGUUGCGAGGGAACAGGGCGUGCCAAUUUUGCAUCCCAAGUGGAUCAUGGACUGCGUGAAACGCGGUGCGAUGAUGGAAUUUGAAUUUUAUGCCUUAGAUACAUGUGCCGACCGGGCUUGGGACGAAAUCGGUGCUGAUGCAUGCAACUGCUGGGAUCAAUUAGAGCGUGGCAGUCAACCUCUCUCAUUGGAAGAGAAGUCCAAAGAGGAAAAAGAGGACGGUGAACGCGUUGUGCGACUGAACAGUCGAGCCCGACAAAACGGCUCCAAGCUUUGGGCGUCUACCGUAUCGAAAGCCGAGAAUGCCGCUAAUCAAGAAAAGGUGCAAGUCUAUUACCAAAAUUCUGAUGAGGAGGAGGACGCGCUUGGGUCCUCCCAAGUGCUUAAUCUUUUUGAAGGCCAUUGUUUCUGUUUAUUUGGUUUCUCAACAAAAAGACACCGCAUUCUGGAAGAUGUUAUAAAUUUACACAAGGGAGAGUUGGUAGCAUACCAAGAUAAUGUAUCAGCAAAGCAUAAUGUUUUUUACCUUUGUCCAAGUGAUUUUCCCGUAGAAGAGCUCCCGGCUGACAUUGACUGGGUCACAGAAUUUUAUAUUGAGCGCUGCCUACACUAUAAGGACCUAAUGGAUCCCGACCCGUGGUGCAGACCAUUUUUUUCUAAAUUCUUCUUGAAGCCAUCAAAACAGCUGCUUCGCAACCAUGAUACCUUAUCCGUGCACAUAACGGGGUUCCAGGGCGUAGAACUAUUGCAUAUGAAUAAAAUAUUGGGCCAUCUAGAAAACAUGGGUCUCAAAAGCGCAAGAUCCCUUAAUCAGUCCACAGACAUUCUAAUAGUAAAUCUUUCACAGUUGAACUCCAUUCCUGAAGAUCAUACGUUGCGCAAGAACCAGUACGCGCCUAUGUUUAUAAGACAAAAAGAGCAAAACCAAAUUUUCCGGAACUCAAUGAAACGUAAGAUUGAGUUUAUAAACAAGCAUUCCAUACCGCUCGUGACGCCCGGGUUCCUGCUGGAAUUAUUCCGGCGUGCGUUACAGGCUAAAUCUGACGGACUGUCCUCCGCCAAAAUAUAUCUGAACGACAUAAACUGGUGUAUCAUAUGUCCCCGUGGGUCAAAGCAAAUCUACAGCAUGGAGAUUGAAGUCUCUAGCACAAAAACUCUACCUGUAAGCACUCAUAUUAAUCUUAAGUCGGAAUCGCUGGAAGCAAUGAUGCAUAUUAACAAAACACACACAUCCCCUGAUCUUGAAGCAGUUAAGCUAUUAAGCAAUUCAAUUCCGGCUCCACGUAACUUUGAACCGCUUGUGAAUAAGCAACCACGGCUUUCACCGCCAUCCGAACUUUCUCCACAAGUUUCUCCUGCUAAAGAAGAAGUAAUUGCACCUAUUACAAAACGAAGAAAGUUGCAUACGACACCACCAGUUCAGCGGACUAGCAGCUGGGGUAAUCUAAUGACAGAAGAUGCAAAGCAAGUAGCAACGGACUUAGAAAGUGAACGCAGUCAUGAACCUGAUGUUACUUCUACUGAACAAACAGGGGAUCGUUACUCUGACAGUGUCAUGCACACACAGGUAACGUACGGCGAAAUUAACAAUCGUAAACAACUCCUACCCCCACCGCCAAGGAGACUCACAAGACAAUCAUACAAAGAACAGAUAUAG